AUGCUUGCCAUGCAAAACAAAAAGCGUAGCAAACGCAAAGAAAGGGAAAAAAAGCAAGUCCAAUACGAGGACAUAAAGCCAAAUGAUGAACGUGCUAUGCUUUUAGGGAUAAAAAACUCCUUGCGCAUUCUGGAUGUUCGCCUGUCAUUCUUGAUCAACUCAAAUGCCCCCUUUGUUGUGAAGCAAGUUAUACUGUGGUUCCAUGCUGAGGCUUUUGGACUGAGUUCAGAGAACAUUGAUAAGCUUAUUGGAUUUAGGUGCCACAUGUGUCGUCAAAGGAACCCUCCUGUCUGCCCCCAUCUGGUAGUUGUGAAAACUGAUGUGUCCCAGUUGGCUGAAGCUCAAAAUGAUGCUGGAGAUGGGUACUUCAAUGGGUUGAAGCAUCUUCAACUCAAGAUUUUCAACGACAUUGAAGUAAAAUUUCAUAGGAAAUGCGUUGCAAGGCAAGGUGCUUUCCUAUGUGAUGAAGUUGUGGCAGCGAAGCCAUGUAUAUCAAGAACCAUCAGAAGAGCAAUGAACCGACAGGAAGCCGAUGUGUUGCAACACCUGAGGCUGGCGACGUUUAGAUUUGAUAGUAGAAGCUCCUGCAUUUUCCGUGUGUAUGAGGCAGGGUGA